UGUCAGCCUCCAGGUCCCGACCAGUGAUUGCCGGGGAUCUCUGACGAGGGGGAGAACUGUUAGUAAACAAAACAGUUCUCCUCCCUGUCGGCUUCUGCAAACUGCUUUGCAUGGCUGUGCACAGCACAGCCAGUAAAGCACACAGACACAGCCCCAUAGUAAAACACACCCAGCACUUGGUUAACCAUUUGAUCACCCCAGAUGUUAACCCCUUCCUGCCCAGUGCCAUUAGUACAGUGUCAGUGCUAUUUAUUAGCACUGAUAACUGUACUGGAGUCACUGGGGAUAUAAGUGACAGCAAGUCAAUUCCCCCCCCCCAGUGUCAGAAUGCCCGCCGCAGACCCACUAUAAGUCGUUGA